AACAGUUAAAGUGAUUUAGCUCCACAGCAGACACACAAAAAACAAAUAAAUAUAAGCUGGAAACGUUGCGCCCACAUGUUUUUUGAACAGUUUUACAUUGGAAACAAAAAUGAUAAACAUCAAAACAUUGCAUAUUUGACAUGUUGAGCAAUCAAAAGAUUCAAGUUUGAGUGUUAUUUUUGUACCUCCGUCCGUGCUUACGUAGAAACGUUUCAAACAUUUAAUAUCAAUAAUUUGUAUCUCAGAAAAAGAAUUGAAACGAUUUUAUGUUAUUCUGAGGGAAAAAAAGUCGUGAGACGAAAUGAAAAAAAAAUGAACUAAAAAUAGUUAAAUCAUUUCAUUUUUUUGAAAAUUAUCGUUGCGGAAAUUUUUUUGCACUGUAUCGCAUUUCAAACACCAAUAAAUUACAAAUUAGAAGAAUCGUCCAUACUCUUUUACAUCGAAAUAGUAAAAUAUCGUUUGGAACUAAGGAAAUGACUGAGUCAACAUUGUUGCAAACGACUGAAAAUAAUAACACAACAACAAUAAAAAUGGAUCGAGCAGGCUCACCGUCACCGUCCGAACAACAAUACGCUCUGAAAUGGAACGAUUUUCAGAGUUCAAUUUUAUCUUCGUUCCGACAUUUACGCGAUGAGGAGGAUUUUGUCGAUGUAACAUUGGCCUGUGAUAUUCGAUCGUUCACUGCACAUAAAGUUGUUUUAAGCGCAUGCAGUCCUUAUUUCAGAAAACUGCUAAAAGCUAAUCCAUGCGAGCAUCCAAUUGUUAUAUUACGCGACAUUCGUGCCGAAGAUGUUGAAAGUCUGUUGCGUUUCAUGUACAAUGGUGAAGUGCACAUUGGCCAUGAACAAUUGAGUGAUUUUUUGAAAACAGCUCAAUUGUUACAAGUUCGUGGUUUGGCCGAUGUUACUGGACCACAAACGAAAGGAUUGCCAUUAUCGACAAGUCUAAUACCUGAAUCAAAUUCAUCAUCAACAGCAGUCGAUAUGAAUUCAAUACGAUCUGGUAUAAUGGGUUCCUCAUUACCAAAUCCGUUGAGCGUUGUUAACACCGUAAAAUUGCAGGAGUCCAAGGCUUCGCCGGUAAGAAAUACUUCAACAUCGUUACCUUGGGAAUUAUCAGAAGAUCGUCGAAAGAGUCAUUUGACUCCUCCGCCACCACAAAAACGCAUUAAAAGUGCUGAUUUAUAUCGUGCUCAACAUGGUAUAAAUCCGGAUGUUGAUGCUGCAGCAUUGAAAGAUGUGCAACCACUCUUGGCAGCCGCUGCAGCCUAUAGAGGUCGCGAAAGAAAUCGUUCAAAGGAAAAUCUAAAUCGAUCACGCGACUCAUCGUCACAAGAUCUCAGCAAAACUGAACUACGAGACUCUCUCCUUGGACAAGCACUUGAAUCUUCUGCAUCAACUAAAAAGCAUCCUGAUUUAACAUCACUUCAGGCCCAAAGUACCGGUGAAGAUUCAAACAGCAGCGACCAUUCGGCAGCAUCAGACGCAGGCGAUUAUGAUGACACCAUGAACAGUUCAAUGGAUCAACGUUUCUCAAAUUUCUUAGGUCUUCAAGGAAUCCCAGGACUAUUGCCAGGUCCAUCCGGAAUGGGCGAUGGUUUCGUUUCUCGUCGUCAAUUGGAAAUGCGGGUUCGUGCAACUGAUCCUAGACCAUGUCCAAAAUGUGGCAAAAUCUAUCGUUCAGCUCAUACAUUGCGAACUCAUUUAGAGGACAAACACACUGUGUGCCCUGGAUAUCGGUGUGUUCUUUGCGGAACCGUUGCAAAAUCACGUAAUUCAUUACAUUCACAUAUGUCACGACAACAUCGAGGAAUUUCAACAAAGGACCUUCCAGUUUUACCAAUGCCCAGUCCAUUCGAUCCCGAACUUGCUUCACGUCUUUUGGCCAAAGCUGGUGUAAAAAUUUCGCCAGCCGAACUACGGGCCCGUGCCUCACCGACCAGUAGUACAAGACGCAGUGACAUGAAACUGGAAAUGCGUGGCCCGAACGAUACUGACAGUAACAUUGAUGAAAUGGAAGAUGCAGAAGAUUUGACAAUGGCAAGCGGAAUCAAUAAUAACAAUAUGAGUGGCCGAUAUGAUUCUAUGAUGGGAUUCAGUCAUCCAAACACAACAAUUACCCGUGUUGGUUCAGCUGGUGGCAAAUCUGAUAAUCAGGAUGGAAAAGAUAUACAAUCUACUGGAUCUUCGAUUUUGGAUACAUACUUACAAUUCAUUUCAGAAAGCGCUUUCGGAAUGUCACAAGAGCAAGUAGCUGCAUUCCAUGCGGCCAAAAUGGCACAAUUGUCAACGAUAGGUCAAAAUUUUGAUAAGCUUCCACCAACUCAUUUAGAUUUAUCCAAAUUGAAUCGACAUAGUCCAGAUAUCAAUCGCAUGCAAACAGGAGGUGGUGUAACAAUUGAACCAACUAAAGUACCAACAUCGUAUCCCAACAGUGGUCGAGAUUCAGUUGAUAUACGCCGAGACGAUUCACAACCAAUGGACCUAGGAUCAGAAAUUAUGCGGCGAGAUAGCGAUGUUAACAACGGUGCAAGCAACAAUGCCAAUUCAUCAGGUGAAGAUGAAUACGGUACGGAUGAUGAAAAGAACUAAUGAAUGAAUGCCUUCGGGUUUGUUUUCAAUCAAAUUCACAAAUCCAGAGCAAAUGGUUAUACUCUUUAAUUUUAACGUUAUUCGUAGAAAAAUGAAAUGUAAUUAAAAUACUCAACGCUUCCUCUUAGGCUAAACAAAAAUUUUCUAAGUCUAUUACGCGUCUUUAAAGCAUUUACAAUUUUAAAGAAAUGAAUAGAUAUAUAUUUGAAGCAAGUGAAAUUAACGCACCAUUAGUUAUAUGUAAGCAAUAAAAAAAUGGCAGAAAGAAUAAGGAAACGAUGAAUAAAAUAAAAUAAAAUCUACUUAAUGAGCCUUUAGAAAACCAGUAUACCAGUUUCAAAUAUAUAUAUUAUUCAAUACAAAUAUAUACUUAAUGAUAAAAAUUGACAAGAUUGGAGCGACUUGUGUACGCCAUUCGAAUGUCGUGCAAAAAAAAAAGCAUUUACAAACAAACUAACACUAUUGUAUACGUCACACAUUUAAAGAAUUUAUAUGAAAAGAAUCAUCUUUAAAACCAUUAUUUUGUUGUUAUUUUUGUGCCAUUUUGCAUUUUUUAACGAUAAAAAUGGGUGAUUAAAAUUUUGAAGAAAAAAAACGUCAUUUCCGGAACAAAUUAUCUUUUGACAUAAAAUUAUUUUCUUCAGUUGAUUUGAAUGAUAAUGAUAAUUUCUUAAUUUUCUUUUAAUUUUUUAAUAAAAAUACGUAAAACGCGACAGGGACAUUAAAUAAGUUGCAAUAAAUUUAAAAAUUACUUUUUUAAAAACUGAUAUUGCCAACAGGAAAAUAAUACCUCACUUCUUUCAAAACUCAACCACAGAUUACCUCAAUUAAAUAUAUAAAUGCCAUUUUUAUACAUACACACGCACAUAAAUUUUUUGUGUAACUGAAACAAACUCAUUAGACUACCUCAGAACAAAAAAAAUAAUUAUCCUAUAAUUUGGUUAAAAUUAAGAUGAAAAAACACUAUGUUAAGUCAUGGAAGCACAAAACCUAGUACUUAGCCAUUUCAAAUAAUGAAUUGUAAUGGAACUAAUAAACUUAGAUAAUGACAACAUAAAAUUACCCGAAUAAUAAUUACUAUUACUAGAGCUGGCAUCACUUGUCUCUCAAAACCAACUUUAUUCAAAAAUUACAAUAAAUAUCAAAUAAAAUGAAAUCAAUUAUUUACUAAAGAAAAAUCAUAUUUCAAACUCAGGAUAGUAAAACGCGUUAUUAUUACCAACGUGAGUAUUAUAAAAAAACAUUGAACGUCUUUUAUGUAAACAAUUAACUACAAAAGAAUGCAAUGUUCAAUGGCAAAUAAUUGAACUACCUCUUUGAAAGAAAAAAGAUUAAUUUUUUUUGUAAAGCAUACAUGGCACUGAACAUAAAAUAAACGGGUUUUUAGUAAUAAGAAAUUAAGCCACAUUAUUAUUAUAUAUAUAAUAAUAAUAUUAGGUAAACAACGUUUGCUUUUAUAGAAGUAUAGUCUGUGUUCAUUUGAUAUUUUUCAGGUGAUUAAUAACUCACAGACAAUCGAUAAAAUAUCAGGAAAACAAGCAAUCAAGUAAUUUGUACAAAUGUUUACCCACCAUAUUUUAAAAGUGUUGUUAUAAUAGAAAUUGGGAAAGCCCAAAAAGAAAUUGGUAUUCAAUAGAAGAAUGGAAAAUAUCGCUUAAAAUGUUCUAGAUAAUUCAUCAAUAUUAUGUUUUAAAUAAACCUUUCAAAAAAUAUGUUAA